AUGCGCCGCUGGGGGCCCUGCUGGGCGGCGCGGCGCCUCUUCGUCUCCCCGCCUCUCGGCUUCCGUAGUUCCGGCCGUCCGCGGCCUAGCGCCGUCGCCAUAGCAACCGAGGCCCGCUCGGGCCUACCCGGCAUGGAGGAAGCGCUCCGCCGCGCCGUGCCGCCGCUGCCCCCUUACGAGACGCGGGAGAAGGCGGCGGCGCCGGCCGGGGCCGCCCUGGAGCACGGCGGCGCCGAGUUCAUGCGCUACUACCGCGGCCUGGAGCCCGGCCGUCCGCGGGCGGAGCUGCUGGGCCGCCUGGCCCGCGACUUCGGCGUCGAGCACGGGCGGGUGGCCGAGCUGAGCGCCAAAGUGGCGAGCCUCCAGCAGCAGCAGCAGCCGCCGCCGCCGGCGGAGAGGGACGAGGCCGGCGGGCUGCUGCAGGCCGAGGACCGGCUCCGGCACUACCUCACGCCGCGCUACCGGGGCCUCUUCCAGCACCUGGGCAGGCAGGAGGGCGGCCUCCGCUUCCUGGUGGAGCUGCGCAGGGACUUGCUCGAGGCGCUGGCCGCCCGCCAGGCCGAAGGGCCGCACGUCAGGGAAAUGAACGGAGUGCUAAAGAACAUGCUAUCAGAAUGGUUUUCUACCGGAUUCCUAAACUUGGAGAGAGUUACGUGGCAGUCGCCUUGUGACAUUCUUCAAAAGAUUAGUGACAGUGAAGCUGUGCAUCCGGUUAGAAACUGGAUGGAUAUGAAGCGCCGCGUUGGGUCUUACAGAAGGUGCUACUACUUCGCUCACUGCGCGAUACCCGGCGAGCCCUUGAUAGUUCUGCACGUGGCUCUUACGGAUGAGAUCUCCAGCAGCAUCCAGGGCAUAGUGAAAGAGAUUCCUUCUCAAGAAGUGGAGAACCUGAACAAAAUCACUACAGCCAUUUUCUAUUCCAUCAGCUUGACUCAGCAGGGCCUGCAGGGAGUAGAGCUGGGGACAUACCUCAUCAAACGGGUCGUUAAGGAACUUCAGGUGGAAUUUCCCCAGCUGAAAGUUUUCUCUACGCUUUCUCCUAUUCCGGGAUUCACCAAGUGGCUUAUCGGCCUCCUCUCCUCCCAAUUGAAGGAUGCGGGCCAAAACGAUCCCUUCACAGAGCCGGAGUUCAAAGAAAUCUCCGAGAUCACGGGGGACCCUGCCCUGGAAGUUCUGAAACGCCUCUUAAUGAACAACGAGUGGGUGAGGUCGGAGAGACUGGUGGGACGACUGCAGCAGCCACUCCUGCGGCUGUGCGCUUGGUACCUUUACGGAGAGAAGCACCGCGGCUACGCGCUCAACCCCGUGGCUAAUUUUCACCUCCAAAAUGGCGCCGUGUUGUGGCGCCUGAACUGGAUGGCGGACACGAGCCCCCGUGGCAUCACGGCUUCCUGCGGCAUGAUGGUCAACUAUCGCUACUUUCUGGAAGAUACCGCUGCCAACAGCGCCGCCUAUCUUGGAACGAAGCAGAUCAAAGCUUCGGAACAGAUCCUCAGCUUGGUGUCUCAGUUUCAGCAGAACAGCAAGCUUUGAAUAAAGAAGGUGGCUUUGAGGAGCAAAUGUCUAUUUAAUUAAA